CUUGUAUGCGCCUGGACUGAUCCAUCCUGAUAUCCAAAUCCACCCAUAUUUCUAUACCGCGGACGCAGCUCUUCAGCAUCCACCCCAUACCUUCUUUACCUCCUUUCACCCGAUAAUGCUAUGCUAAGAUUCCUCCGUACCGCAAUGGCCACCCUCACCACACCCCCCAAAGUUCCCAUCCCCGCCAACGGGGUCGACUACCGUGGCAAAGUAGUCCUGGCCCCGAUGGUCCGCUCCGGCGAACUGCCCUCUCGCCUCAUUGCCCUCAGGUACGGCGCCGAUCUCGUCUGGGGCCCCGAAACCAUCGACCGGGCCCUCGCAGGAGCCGUCCGCCGCGUGAACCCCCGCAACGGCACCAUCGAAUUUACCCGCAUGCCCUCCAACAGCGGGCGCGCCGAGAAAGCGACCCAAGAAUCCGUGAUCUACCGUCUCGACCCCGUCCGUGAGAAGGGAAAGCUCAUCUUCCAGAUCGGAACCGCCACACCGGAAAUUGCCGUCGCAGCGGCGAAACUCGUCGCCGGCGAUGUCGCCGGUAUCGACGUGAACUCGGGCUGCCCGAAGCCAUUCAGCACAAGCGGUGGAAUGGGUGCGGCGCUACUCAGGACACCAGAUAAGCUGGUCGCCAUUCUGGAGGCACUGGUGCGGGAGGUCGGGACACCGUUUCAGAUCGGUAUCUCCGUCAAGAUUCGCAUCUUGAGUGAGCCGGAGGCGACAAAGGCGUUGGUCUCGAGGCUGGUGAAGACGGGCAUCACAGGCUUGACGGUGCAUUGUCGGACCACGCCGAUGCGACCCCGUGAACGUGCGAUUCGGGAGCAACUGCCCAUGAUUGCUUCGAUAUGUCGGGAGGCGGGCGUGGCAUGCGUCAUGAAUGGAGAUGUGACCUCCAAAGAUGAGGCACUAGCCCUGAUGCAAGAGUUUGGUGUCGACGGAGCCAUGAUUGCCACAUCAGCCGAAGCCAACCCUUCCUGCUUCCAGACCAAAGCCGAAGGCGGCCUUCUGCCCUGGAAGGAGGUCGUGCACGAGUACAUCAAAUUCUGUCUCGAAUCGGAGAACCGUUUCGGAAACUCCAAGUACCUUCUCAACAUCCUCGUUCCCGGCAAGCUCGCCGAAGGCAAGGCCGCGAAAUCGGCCAGAUCGUACGCUGACACCUGCCAUGCGCUUGGCUUCGAGGACCUCAUGCCUGCCGCGCUGCGGGUGGACGAGAUCCUCAAUCUGACGGACAAGUCCGUCACCACCAAAGACCUCCAGUCCGAGGACGUCCGCAGCAAGGCCGUUCAGAACGCCAUGGAGAACAAUGUAUCUGCCCGGGCUGCCAGCGGCGCCUCUCGAGUGAAAUCCGCCUCCCCUAUCGCCACCGCAGGCGGUCCCAUUCGCACGAACUCCAUCCCGGCUCCCACGAAGACCAAGCCGCAGGAGACCGUCUCUGAGGUGGACGUUUCCGUCCCGGCUCCUGAAGCUGCUCAGAAGCAGGAGCUGGCAGCAUAAGUACCCUUGUAAAGAGUUCCAUGCUCCUCCUCCUCUUCCCACCGUUUUUUUUUUUUUUUUCUUUUAUUUUAAUUCUGUCCCCGAUGAGAUGAUCGCAUUAUCUGGUGUUGCAUUCUGGUCCAUUUUCUCCCUUGCAUUUCCAUUUAUUUUCAUUUUCAUUUAUAUAGAUUCCCAUGGUGUGUUAUAAUAGAGGCUCGUUAGGUCCAAGGAUUGGUUAUACAUACGAAUACAACCUCUCAAUGAAACAGAUAU